AUGAUUUCAGGAGGCCUGAGCGGAGGUGAGGAAACAGUCAACGCUAGGAAGAGACAUUUGAAACAGUGUUUGGCGGUUGCUGGUAAAGUCAUCAGCAAAGUAAAAGUGGAUUUAGGUCCCGCCAAGCCUAAAAUCGUGUGGGAUUACAAUGAUUUGGGCGACAUUCUUCCUGGACAUGAUGACUCUCUAGUCAUUCAAGCAAUAAUCGCCAAUUUCGGCGUCAAUCACGUAUUUGUUGACCACGGCAGCUCUGCUGAUAUCUUAUUUUUGCCAUGUUUCAGGGCAUUAGGAUUUACAGUGAAUAACUUAACCCCCGUUGCAGGUGAACUUUCAGGUUUCAACGCAACAACCACCAAGCCGCUCGGAAUGAUAAACCUGUGUUUGUCUUUGGGGACGCCACCCACAUCAAGAUCAGCUGACAUCCAGUUCCUGGUGCUCGACACCCAAUCAGCGUAUAACGUAAUUCUCGGCAGAAGGAUGUUCGCCGCGUUUGAAACAAGCAUAUCGCACCCGCACUUUGCAAUAAAGUUCGUGGCGAGGGACAACAAGGUGGCGACGGUAAAAGGCGAUCAAACGGUAGCCAGGAGUUGCUACAAUAUAUCAUUGAAACCAGCACCUAAGGUCACCUUCAAAGACCAACCAACGCCUCAUUUGAGAACGUCACAGAAUUCGACGCUAGAGACGACCCUCGAGCUAAACAUUCCAGGCCCACGCCAGAUGGAGUAUUAG